AUGGAAGGCAUAACUUUGAAAGGGCUACCGGUUUAUUUAAGCAGAAUCACAGACCCCCACGAUGUUAUGCUUCAUUUCACCAUGGAUGGAACCGAGAGAUUGUCUAAAGCUUCUGCGAUCAUUCUGAAUACGUUCGAUGCCUUAGACUCUACGGUUUUGAAUAAACUUCCACCUGUGUUUCCAACCAUAUUCACAAUUGGUCCUCUUCAUCUACUCGACAAUCAGCUUCUUGCAAACGAUAAACUAGAUUCUAUUGGAUCAAAUCUGUGGAAAGAAGACCUCAGUUCCCUAGAAUGGCUGGAUUCCCAAGAACCCAACUCAGUUCUUUACGUGAAUUUUGGUAGUGUCGCUCGCAUAACAGCACAACAAUUCAUCGAAUUUGCUUGGGGUCUUGCAAAUAGCAAGCAGAACAUCUUGUGGGUCAUUAGAUCAGAUCUAGUAGUCGGCGAGGGCGAGUCUGCAAUUCUUCCCCUCGAGUUUGAUGUAGAAACCAAAGGAAGAGCUCGAAUAGCGAGCUGGUGCCCUCAAGAAAAAGUUCUUGGCCAUCCUGCAAUCGGAGGGUUCUUAACACACUGUGGUUGGAAUUCCAUGAUCGAAAGUAUUUGCGCUGGAGUCCCAAUGCUAUGUUGGCCGGUGCAGUUUGAGCAACCGACUAACUCUUGGUUCUGCUGCAAUCAAUGGGGCAUUGGCAUGGAGAUAGAUGGUCAAGUUAAGAGAGACGAAGUUGAGAAAUGCGUUAGAGACUUGAUGGUUGCAGAUAAGGGUGAAGAGAUGAAGAAAAAAGCCAUGGGGUGGAAGAAGUUAGCAGAAGAGGCUUGUUCAACUGGUUCAUCUUAUGUAAAUUUUGAGAAAAUGGUGAAUGAGGUGCUCCUGUCCAGGACUCAGAAAACUACAGAGGAUCAUAUCAAAUGAAGGAUGGAAAAGCUCCCAAACGCUGGUCAGCGUACAGGGAUAUUUGCCUAGUUCUGGAGUUCCCCGAUGCUGUUUCUUUCCACUUAUUUUUUGAUAUUGUAGUAAAUUGGACUACGCAGAUCGAUCAUAACUUUUUAAGAUUGAUCAAACUUUUUUUUUGUGCCG